GGAGAUGUAAGAUGGCGGGUGGCCUCCCGCGGGUACCGGGGGUGCUUUGCUGCCGGUGCCACCAGUUUUAACGUGCCACCAGUAGUAACAGUCCGUAUACAUGCGGUGUUUGCUUUUACACAUGCUUUUGUACCCACUGAAAGUCCUUGUUGCUCCUUCACAUGCUUGUGGUGGCCACAUUCUAACCCUUGUUCUUUCGGUGGCUGUUAUCGGCCUCGCGUCUGAUUGCGGCGGUUGCUUGGUCUUCGUGUCUGAUUGGAGGCUGAUUGGGUGCGGUCUGCCUUAUUGUGAUAAGCUUAUUUGUUUUUCCUAACUCGGAUUCUCGGGUCUUUCAUGAGGUAUGUCCGGGAAUGAAUAGAAUUUGCUUAGUAAGAAGCAUUGGGGUAAGGGACUGGGUUGAGUGUGUGGGGGCG